AAUGGCAAUGUGGUUAUGGUUCAUAAACAAAAUAAUUAUUAUUUUUAAUUUUAUAAAAAAGUUAUUUGUUGUGACUAAUAAAUUAACUGACUCAAAUAUUUUAUAUCGUAGUAAUAAUUAUUUAAUUAUUAACAAACCCUAUGAUAUGGUUGUCAAUAGUAAUAACAUUAAUGUUAAGAAAACGUUAGAAAAUGAACUAAAAAAAAUGUUCCCACAUUUAGCGAACCCGUUAUUAAAAAAUGGAUUUUAUUUUGUACAUCGUCUUGACUAUCCAACAAGUGGAGUAAUUUGUAUAGCGUUAAAUAAAAACUCAGCACGUGCUGCAUCAACGGCAUUUGAAAAAAGAAAAGUUAAAAAGUAUUAUUUAGCGUUAGUUCAUGGACAUAUCAAUGAAUCUCAUUUGAUAAUUAAUAAACCAAUAGGGCAAGAUACCAGAGAAAUUUUAGGUAAUAAAAAAAUGUGCACUAUUGAUGAUAACUAUUGUAUUAAACCCCGUGAUAGCUGUACAUUAUUACUGGUACUUGAAAGAGGAUUACGAGAUGGUAAGCCGGCUACUAAAAUAUUAUUACGUCCUCACACAGGCCGUCGACAUCAACUUAGAGUACAUUGUUACUAUAUUGGGCAUACUAUCAUUGGAGAUUACACUUACAGUGACCGAAAGGAUUCAAAACCUCACAGGACAUUUUUACAUUCUUUUAGAUUGGCUUUGGAUAAUGAAAUUGAAAAAUUCGAUGUCCGAACAUCGGACCCUUUUAAUAGCAACGAUUAUUGUAAUAAAUGGGUACCAACUAAUUUGAUAUGUACUUUAAAUAAUAAUACGUUUGAUAUUAUUGAUAAAUUAAUUUAAUACGUCGCAGUUAAAAUUUUAAUUAUCAUAACCGCAGGUUACUAUUUACUGCAUGUAAAUUUUAUAAAGCGUUGUCUCAUGCGGCCGGAUCUGUUUGGACAUCAGUUACACUGAAAAAAAAAUAUUAAAUCCAAGUAAUUAUUUUUCUUGUUUCCAUAAAUACUCAGAAUAAGUAAUUUUUUUACUAAAAUUGAAGUAAUAGUUCUUAUUUUAAGGAAACUAUUGCGACACUUUAGUAAUAAAUUUCUAAAAGCAUCAAUUACUUGAGGCAAGCAAAUAUUUCGACAAUUUAGUUGAUACGUUCUCAAAUUUUUAUAUGAGUGUUUCUAAUUUAUUCUGU